AUGGCGCCUCGGGCUGUGAUCUUCGACCUCGGCGUUCUGCUCAAACCGGGCCUGCAGCACUUCCUGCACGCCUGCGAGCGCGACUGGGCCUUGCCCAGGGGUUUCUUUGAGGCCGUUCUGGACUCGGGCGGAUCCCAGAGCCCCCGAGCCCGAGCGCUGCGGGGCCACAUCGGCCUCAGCCAGCUGCUGGCGGAGCUGGACGCGCGGUGCCGGGCGCGGCUCCGCUCCCUGGGCGCGGCCGUUCCCGAGGGGUUCGCGGUGUCCCGGCCCUUCCGGGAGCUCCUGGAGCGCGGCCGCCUCGAGCCCCGGAUGCUGCGGGCGGCGACGCGGCUGCGGGAGCACGGAGUGCAGCCGUGCGUCCUGGCCGACUCCUGGCUGGACGACAGCGCCCGGCGCCGCCUCUGGGGGGCGCUGCAGGAGCGGCUGCGGCGCCGCUUCCGGCCCGUGCUGGAAUCCUGCCGGAUCGGCGCCGCCAAACCCCAGCCCGAGGCCUUCGCCUGCGCCCUGCGCGCCCUGGGGGCGCCGCCGCACGAGGUGUUGUUUGUGGAGGCUCGGGAGGCGGCCGUGGUGGCGGCGCGGGCUCUGGGCGCGGCCGCCGUGCUGGGCCGGGACACGGAGGCGGCGCUGAGGGAGCUCCAGGAGCUCACCGGGAUCCAGCUGCUGGGCCUGGAGGAUCUGGAGCCGGUGACUCCCGAUGAGGUCGCGCACGGAAUGGUCCAGAUCCGGCCCGGGGUGCAGCUGCACUUUGUGGAGCUGGGCGUGGGCCCCGCCCUCUGCCUGUGCCACGGCUUCCCCGAGUCCUGGCUCUCCUGGCGCUACCAGCUGGUGCCCCUGGCCCGGGCCGGGUUCCGCGUGCUCGCCCUGGACAUGAAAGGGUACGGGGACAGCAGCGCCCCCAGCGAGAUCUCGGAAUAUUCCCAGGAACAGAUCUGCAAGGAUUUCAUCACCUUCCUGGAUAAACUGGGAAUCCCGCAGGUGAUCCUGAUUGGCCACGACUGGGGCGGGGCCAUGGCCUGGAACCUGGCUCUGUUCUACCCCGAGCGCAUCCGGGCCGUGGCCGUUCUGAACACCCCAUUCCGGCCGCCCGAGCCCGGCUCCGACGCCCUGGAGAGGCUGAGCCGCAUCCCCGAGUUCGAGUACCAGCUCUACUUCCAGGAGCCCGGCGUGGCGGAGGCGGAGCUGGAGAAGGACAUCGGGAGAACCCUCAAGAUCCUGAUCCGAUCCUCCCGGCCCGAGGAUCGGCUCCCAGUGAAGCUCGACCUGCGGCGCGUCCGGGAGAGAGGGGGGCUCCUGGCGGGGCUCCCCGAGGAUCCCCCCGAGAGCGGCCUGCUGCCCCCGGCCGUGCUGGAGCAUUACACGCGGCAGUUCCGCAAGGCCGGCUUCAGGGGGGCCCUGAACUGGUACAGGAACGUGAGGGAGAACUGGAGCUGGGCCCUGAGCGCCAGGGGACGCACGAUCCCGAUCCCGGCGCUGAUGGUGACGGCCGGGGAGGAUCCGGUGCUGAAACCCGGCCUGAGCAAAGCAUGGAGACCUGGGAUCCCGAGGCUGCAGCGCGGCCACAUCCAGGAGUGCGGGCACUGGACACAGAUGGAACGGCCGCUGGAGCUGAACCGGAUCCUCCUGGAUUGGUUGGAAAAUCUCCCCCCGGAGCCGCCCCUGCCUGGAAUUCCAAACUUUGAGCCGGAAUUUUCUCCAGGAAUUCCAGGAUUUCAGCAGGAAAAGUUCCCUGGAAUUU